CCACUGCCAAGGCGCAACAGCAGGGAAAAGGGCUGAUUGUAAUCUCGAAUGUCGCAAUGACAGAAUCCUGCAGCCAAUCCGCAAAAUUGCCGCACCUCACAGAGUCGUGCUCCAUUGGAUUCUCUUUGUUGGUUGUCUGGGUGGUUGGGUCUCCCCUGGUGCGCGGAGCCUAGUUAUUUCGCCGCCAUCUCGGAGUGACCGCAAGCCAAUUUCCGCUUAUGGUAGACUUCGGCUUGUCUGACAGAAGGAUGGAGGGUGUUGCGCCGUAUGAUUGCGCAAAUUUACAACUCUAAUGUUUUCCUUAGAGAACAUAACAAAAGGAUGGAUUGGAGACAGUCCGCAGACUGCUCCCGCGCUGGCCCAUCUUACUUAUAAAGAGGAGGCAACAUCUCCACCGGAGCCGGUCAAUUCUGAGGUCUCACCAACACAUACAGCAUUGGUGGAUGCCCAGUCCAGAAAUGGUGUACUUGACGGUGCGUCCUUCCUUCGAGCAUUGCUUGCUUGCGCUCCAGUCU